AUUUUAAAAUGAGACAAAAUUAGCAUUGAAAUAUGAUAUUUUUAUAAGAUAUUUCUCAUUAUUUGGCCAUUUUUAUAGUCAAUACACAUUUUUCCAGAUAAUAUUAAGCUCUAAAAUAUUUUAUUAAGUAUUGAGGUUUUGUGAGUGGGAGGGGGGGCCUUUGAAUAUUGUUGAAUACAAUGGUGGGGAGGUCUUGGAGUCAAAAAGGUUGAGAACCCUUGCUGUAAACCAUAAUGUUAAUUAUGACGUGACUUUUAUUGUGUUUUGAGCCAAAAAUCUACUUUUAACUUAAAAUUAACUUAGAAUAAAAAAUGGGCUCAAGGGAUGCCUGUUUAUAUUUUAAUUCUUCUGAAGAAAUAGUUGUUAAUGAAACGUCAUAGAGCUCAUAGUAUUCGUAAUGGUGUUUUUGUUGUCAGUAAUGGUUUUCUGGCACGCUUGAGGUGUUUGAGUGCUCAGCACAUCGUGUAUUCACAAUAUUGAAGAUGUGUGCAGAUAUGUGUGGAAAACGCAUUUUUAACUCUGUAUUGUAAGGGAAACAAGUGUAUUUCGUCAAGUACUGUUAACUUACUAGAAACUAAAGCAAAACAUUAUCUUUGAAGUCUUCUAUUUUGAUAAUUAUUGGAUAUUAAGUGUCUCGCCCGAGGAAAGCGAACCUCCAGUCUUCCGUGCUACACUCGUGCCUUCCUUCAAUAGCAUUUACAUAGCUAAGGUAGAAAAGAGAACAAAUGUAAAUAAUGGAGAUCCUAAAAGGCUAAGCGUGGUUUAAUGUAUAAAUACAGUAAAUUGAAAGAUGAAAUGCACCUUAUAACUAACUGUACAGGCGAGCAGAAAUGCAACAAGCAAAGUUUGACGUUAAGCGUUUUACUCCCAUAGUCCACCCUGACCGUCCAAUUAAAUUGCUUUGUGUUCGUUUUUCUGUCUUGCCUGUGCACAUAGUAUGCUGUAUUAAUAAUGUGUGCACUGAAUUUGGUCCUCCCAUCAUCACUGUUGUAGCACACAGGCCCACGCGCUCCCUUUCCCUCUCAGGGUGGAGUUUUAUAAAUGAGUUCGCGCGGCUCCAGCAUCAGUGUGGCGUAGGCAGCGCGCGCAGACACAAGUUUAAACACAACAGUUCAACUCUUUGACGACCUAACCUCUCUUCGAAAUCUUCGUGUGACGUGAAGAGAAUAAAAGUGUGACGGGCCCCUUCGCUGCACUUCGGUGGGUUUUGUCAGUCGCUGAUCCGCAGCCCUCAGGAACGGAGCUUCGCCGCGCGAGCUGAAUUCCAGUCCGACACCGGUUUGUGUUUGUCCGAUGAAGUCAACAUGGGUGACGCGUUUACACACACGCAUCAUUGUGGGAAACAUCAGCGUCUGAUGCUCAUCAUAGUGCUGCCUUGUGUGUGCAGCCUUGUGUGCGUGUGUGUGCUGCUGCUAACGCUCACAGGUUUAUUUGGAAAUGGCUUGCUGGAUGCCGGAGGUUUGGUCUCCAUAGCAACACUCACCCCAUUGAGCGACGGGCCCUUUAACAGCACAGGUCUCAGUCUGGUGAGGGUCAAUAACAGAACGAUGGCAGCGCAGACUGUCCCGACAUCCACCCCCCCGCAGUGGGACUCCGCCCACUGGAUGCUGCCUGCCUCCUCAGCAGGUCCCACCUCCACGACCUCUGUGGACUGGUUGUCUAUUGUUUCCACGGUAACAAGCGUCCAGGCAGAGGCCGGUUCCUGUUCUGACAUCACAGAGAGUCAGUGUCACAUGCUGCCAUACAAUCAGACGGGUUUGUUGCCAGGGGCAACAGUGGUAAAGGGCAGCGAGCUGCAGAUGUUCCUGAAGUUUUUCAGCUAUCUGAGUCGUCUGUCCUGUUACAGGCACAUCAUGCUGUUUGGCUGCACCAUCGCUCUUCCGCAGUGCGUCAGCCGUGAUGACCGCAGCAGGACACUGAUACUGCCUUGUCAGUCGUUCUGUGAAGCGGCCCGUGAGGGAUGUGAGCCCAUCCUACAGAUGUUCAAUGCAUCAUGGCCUGAGUUUCUCCGCUGCUCUCAGUUCAGCAAUAACACAGCCACGUGUUACACACCCCGACACGCCCGAGGAAAAGCUACCGUUUGUGGAGGAAGUGAUAACUUCUUGUGUGCGACUGGAAUCUGUGUCCCCCGGAAACUAGUGUGCAACGGACACAAUGACUGUGACGACUGGAGCGAUGAGAGCGACUGCACGUGUGCAGACAGUCAGUAUUUAUGUUCGACAGGCCGCUGUGUCUCGCCUGAGCUUCUGUGUGAUGGAUAUGAUGACUGUGGUGAUCUCAGCGAUGAGCAGAACUGUGUGUGUGACUCCGUUAAAGAGCAUCGCUGUGGUGAAGGACGCUGUGUUCCUACAGAAUGGCUCUGUGACGGCGACUACGACUGCCUGGACAAAAGUGAUGAGUUGAACUGCUCGUGUAAGUCUCAGGGUUUAGUGGAGUGCAGGAGUGGCCAGUGUAUCCCUAGUGCAUUUCGCUGUGAUGGUGAGGAUGACUGUAGAGACGGCAGUGAUGAAGACAACUGCACGAAACAACAAACUCAGGGUUUGUGUUCUCCUGGUCAGCCCAGCUGUAUUUCAACCUCCUGCUUGACCAGUUGUCAUGGAAACACUUCCUGUGAUCUUCGCAACACAGGCAGUAACUGCAGUGGAUGUGAGCCAAUCUCUUUGGAGAUCUGUAUGAAUCUGCCCUACAACUUUACCAAGUUUCCAAACUUUCUGGGUCAUCAGUCGCAGAAGGAGACAUCAGUGAGCUGGGAGUCUUCUCUCUUUCCUGCUCUGGUUCAGACAAACUGCUACAAGUAUCUCAUGUUCUUUGCGUGUACUGUUCUAGUGCCCAUGUGUGACCCUCUGACGCAGCAGAGAGUGCCGCCCUGCAGAUCUCUCUGUAGGAAUUCAAAGGAGCGCUGUGAGUCUGUGCUAGGAAUCGUGGGAUUGCAGUGGCCUGAGGAUACAGACUGUGCUCAGUUUCCAGAGGAAGGACAAGCGAACAGCACGUGUUUAAUGCCUGACCCGGACGUGAACGAGUGCUCUCCCAGUCACUUUAAAUGUGGUUCUGGAAGAUGUGUCCUCUCAUCCAAACGUUGUGAUGGACACACAGACUGUGAUGAUGACAGCGAUGAAGACGCAUGCGGGUGUGUGGAGCGAGGCUUAUGGGAAUGUCCCGGAGACAAAACCUGUAUCCGACACAACAUGAUCUGUGAUGGUUUUCCUGACUGCAACCAACAAGAAGACGAGGUCAACUGCUCGGCGUGCAGCAGUCAUGAGUUGGAGUGUAAUAAUCAUGAGUGUGUUCAUCGAUCAUUCUGGUGUGAUGGCAGGAAACACUGCACAGACAGCUCUGAUGAGUGGAACUGUGUGUCUCUCUUUGAUGGUGGAAAGGUGCUGGUGUAUAAAUCAGGCCUGGAGUAUCAGUUGUGUGCAGACGGAUGGAGCUUGAACCUCAGCAGCAUCACAUGCACACAGAUGGGUUUAGGUUCCUCUCUCUCCACACAGGCAGUUGAGGCCGAGUCUUUCUCUGUGAUACGCAGACGCUGGCUGCACGUCCACCCAGACUGGAGUCAACAUGAAACGUCUCCUCUUCAGGGCCUACUAGAAAAGAGAGGGCAGAGUUGUCCAUCACACACGAGCGUCUCGCUGCAGUGCCCUAAAGACGACUGUGGGCGUCGCCCUGCAGCUCGAAUGGUGAAGAGGAUUCUGGGAGGGCGUACGAGUCGCCCAGGACGUUGGCCAUGGCAGUGCUCUCUUCAGAGUGAUCCCAGCGGCCACAUCUGUGGCUGUGUGCUCAUUGGUCGUAAAUGGGCCCUAACUGUAGCGCACUGCUUUGAAGGACGGGAGAGUGCAGACGUGUGGAAAGUUGUUCUUGGGAUUAAUAAUCUGGAUCACCCUUCUCCAUACAUGCAAACACGACAAGUGAAAAGCGUCAUCGUUCACUCGAGAUACAACCGGGCGGUCGUGGACUAUGACAUCAGCGUGUUGGAGCUGGAGUCCGAGGUGGAAGUGACCAGUUACGUGCGACCCAUCUGUCUUCCCGACCGCGGUCAGCUGCCCAAACCCGACAAAUACUGCCACAUAACGGGAUGGGGUCACGUGGGGAACAGAAUGCCCUUUAAGCUGCAAGAGGGUGAGGUGCGCAUCAUCUCCGUCUCACAGUGUCAGUCUUACUUUGACAUGAAGACCAUCACAUCACGGAUGCUGUGUGCCGGAUACGAGGCGGGAACCAUCGACUCGUGCAUGGGUGACAGUGGAGGACCGUUGGUCUGUGAGGAAGACGAUGGACGCUGGUCUCUCUACGGUUUGACCUCCUGGGGCUCUGUGUGUUUCUCUAAGGUCCUGGGCCCCGGCGUCUACGCCAACAUCACUCAUUUCACCGAGUGGAUUGAGAGACAGAUUUACCUGCGUACAUUUCACCUGCUGUAGACCAAGCACAAACACACACACACACAUAAGCACGUCGGCAAGGAGAAAUGUCUCUGUGAACAAAAGAAAUGAAGAGCACUUGAAUUAGGGCGUUUAAUGCUGAUGUGUGUUGUGAGCGUGCGGUUACACACUGUUACUGUAGCGGUUUGCUUCCGUCUAUUACGCUGUUGUUGAACUCAUUGAUUCAGCUGCGCGCACGCGUGUGCGUAUGUAUUAGAGCUGUUUCAAAGAUCCUGCAACUGCAGCAUUGUAACGCAACAGCAGUAACAAUAGCAAGUUUGUGAGCAUUUCACAUUCACACUACAUCACAUUUGCAGUCUACACUGACAGAACAAAACCUCCUAAGGAUCUAAAGUAUGUUUUCAACCUGCUGUAAUAGCAAGACACAGCUGAAAAACCGUUCCUUUCAGAUUGUGUUGCUAAUGUGAAUCUCAGCUGGAUUUUGUGCUUUUGACACUUGUGUGUUUAAUUGUGUUAUUGUUUUUUUACAUAAAAUGUGUGUGUGCGCGUACAUGUGCGUGUGUGUUGCUUCUACAUUUUAGUGCAACAUUCCUUGUUUAUUUUUUAAAGAAUAUUUUUCUACAGAUUUUGUGCACAUAAAGCAGUAAAUCUGAACCUGAUGUAUUAUGUUUUUAAUGCAACGUAAAUACAGUUUGUCAUUUCUGCAUAAAUGCACAUUAAAGAUUUUUAUCCAUCACAAUCGUUCUU